AUGGCGGGUGCAGGAACUCAAAGAACUCAAGCUCCAAGCUUGGCGAGAGACAUUCAGCUGGACGUUGUCGAGCUUUCGGAUCACCCUGGUACUCCGUCAGCCACGCCUCGGGAAGACGACCAGAUCCUCGUCAAGCAAGCCACUGACGCCUCGGUCGAUAAGGCCAAGCCUGCUCCAGCUCCUCAAACCAAGGUUCUGUUCCUCGAUGGCGCGCGUGGUCUCGCCGCCAUGCUGGUCGUGGUGCAACACUCGCAAGAGUUCGUGCCGAACCUUCACCUCGGAUCGGUUGGCGUCGACGUCUUCUUCGUCCUGUCGUCCUUCCUGCUCACGUGGCUCUUCAUGAAGAAGAGCAAGAAGCUGCUGGCCCAAGGCGCAAACCUCCGCACGUGGGCGUUCGUGCUGGCCGACUACUUCCAGAAGCGCUUCUUCCGCGUGUACCCGCUGUUCUUCGUGACGGUGAUCGUGCUCUCCCUCAUGUCGAAGGAAGACCAGAAGCACUACUUCAUCGGCGGCCGACCCGAUUUCGACAUGUACAAGACACUCACGUUCAGCUACGAGUACCGGUACCAUGUCUUCUGGACGCUGCCGCUCGAGAUCUCGUACUACUUCGUGAUCCCGGUAUUUGUCUUGGGCGUGCUGGGACUGCGUCGCUUCUGGUUGGUACCCGCCGUUCCGUUGAUGGCGUGGAUCGUGUACGAAGGCAUGACUGUGUACCGACAGAGCCACAUGCCCAUGCGACCGCAUAUCGGGACGUUCCUCACGGGCUCCCUUGCCGCCGUGGUUUUCGUGAAAUUGGAUUUGUGGAUCAAGGAGACCAAGUUCACCUUCCGCCUGUGGCACACGGUGCUACUCCGAGCAGUCGAGUGGCUGUCGAUCAGCAUGCUGUUGAGCGUGAUCUUCCACGGCCUGCUCUUCACCUGGGUGCAUCCGAACCCUGCGCUGCCGCCCGACGGCUUCCCGUACACGAGCGCGUUCCUGGCGAUCAUCUUCGUGAUCGAGAUGAUCCGUCCGUCGUGGCUGUCGACGUCGCUGGAGUGGAACGUGCUGCGCUUCUGGGGCAAGAUCAGCUUCUCCGUCUACCUCAUGCACACUUUCAUCAUCGAGAACCCGAAAAUCUCGGCCCAGGGCAACUACUUCGACCGGUUCUUCUCUAGGUUGAUCCUCGUCGUGGGGCUCUCGACAGCGACCUACUACCUGAUCGAGUACCCGUCGCAGUUGCUGGCUCAGCGAGUCUCGCGCAUUCUGGCGGAGAAGGAGAAGCAAGGACCUGACGGAGCUCACAAGUUCUCAAGUGUCAACCGUAGUCAACAGUAG